CAGCAGACUCGGACCUGUACUCCACGCACAUUACUUUUGAGUCUCGGUUGGCCAGCACCUCUACUCCUCAGAACACGACCGCACCCCUUCAUUGCAAGCCUCAUCUCAUCUUGAAGAUAAAUGAAUCGAAUCUUCGGAUCCUCCUCGAGCAAGAAGCCCAAGCCAGGUCUCCAAGAUGCCAUCGCUUCCACAGACACCCGUAUGGCUUCGGUUGAAGUCAAGAUAAAGAAGCUAGAUGGUGAACUCGCCCGGUACAAGGAGCAGAUGAGCAAGCUACGGAACGGGCCUGGAAAGAAUGCAAUCCAGGAACGCGCCCUUCGUACGCUGAAGCAGAAGCGGAUGUACGAAUCACAGCUAGCGCAGCUCACUCAGCAGACAUUCAACAUGGAGUCUGCCGCACUCGCCACAGAGAACUUGCGCAACACAAUGGCGACAGUCGAUGCGAUGAAACAAGCGAACAAGGAGAUGAAGAAGCAAUACGGAAAGAUCGACAUCGACAAGAUCGAGAACAUACAUUAUGAAAUGGAAGAUCUUUUGGAGCAAGCCAAUGAGAUACAAGAGUCGCUGGGACGCUCGUACGCCGUGCCGGACGAGAUAGACGAGGCAGACCUUCAAGCAGAACUUGACGCACUGGAACUGGACGUGGAAGAAGAAGGCCCAUCGUACCUGACAGAUCUCAACAAGGCUCCAGAUUUCAUAGAUGAGCCACCAGUCGAGUUAUCAGAGGCGGAGCCUAAAGAGGCCAUGAAGACAACAGCAUAGUGGCGGUUAAUUGUUCCACUGCAUCCGCAGACUUCAUGAGACUUGUACAAUAUACGCAGGCUUGACUUCACUUGUCAUGAAUACCCGAAGGUCUUUUACUAUUCACCGCUCACAUGAGCGGUGCCUCGCAUUUGGUCAAGGUGGAUAGACUGUUAAGGACGUGACGGCACAGUUAUCUGGGUGCCCGGCGUUCCAUUGGAAGUAUUAUUCAGGAGAUUUGCACGAGAGGCCGUUGUUCUAUAUCCCGCAUUCCGGGCUGCCGAACACAGGUAAUCCUUGAGCAGCUCACUUUUGCGCCUCUCGGGCCUCGAACCUGAUGUCUGGGAUCGUGCGGUGGAGCAGAUAGCUACAUGGCUUGCUGACCGACAGUCU